AUGCUCGUCAUAGUGGACCUGCUGCUGAUGCUCAUCGACCUGACCUACACCGUGCUGCGCGCCGUCGUCCAGACUGUCCUCCGGCCCAGGCUCAAGUGCGUGGACGGGGAGCUGUGUCUGAUCACGGGGGCCGGGGGCGCGCUGGGACGCCUGUUCGCGCUGGAGUUCGCCAAAGAGGGAGCGCACCUGGUGCUGUGGGACUGCAACACCGCGGCCAACGAGCAGACCGCCGAGCAGGCGCGGGAGUUGGGCGUGAAGGUCCACACCUUCACCGUGGACCUCUCCGAUCGCCUGAGCAUCUACGAGACGGCGGACAGGGUGAGGGCGGAGGUCGGGGACGUGUCCAUAAUGGUCAACAACGCCGGCGUGGUGGCCGGACGCAGGCUGCUGGAGUGUCCGGACGAGCUGUUGGAGAGGACUCUGCUGGUGAACUGCCACGCGUUGUUUUGGAUGACCAAGGCCUUCCUGCCUCAGAUGAAAGCAAAGAACCAUGGUCACAUUGUGACCGUAGCAAGCGCCCUUGGACUGUUUACCACGGCAUGUGUAGAGGAUUACUGUGCCAGUAAAUUUGGAGCUGUUGGUUUCCACGAGUCGCUGGCGCACGAGCUGCAAGCCGAAAACCACAACGGGAUCAAAACCACUUUAGUGUGCCCUUACAUUGUGGACACAGGGAUGUUUGCUGGCUGUGAAAUUAGAAAAGAACUGAAGAGUCUAAUUCCACCACUGGAGCCUCUGUACACGGUGCAGCAAUCCAUGAAAGCCAUUUUAGGAGACCAGCAAAUGAUCUGUAUCCCUCGGCUUAUGUACAUCCCCUUCCUUGCAAGAGCGUACUUCCCACAUACCCUGGACAUCGUUCUGGAGGAUCUCUGUGAAGACGGGAAAGAGCGCCUCCUCAAAGCUGCUGACGGUGUUGGGGUUGGCCUUGCAGGUGAUCCUCACCGACAGGCACAGGGACUCGAACAGGUAGUGAUUAAAGUGAGGCUUGCUGGGAUUCUGAAAACAUUCAGAGUCGUUUAG